UAGUUGAGUUGAAAAUAAUAAACUUUCCUGAUUGUUUUCAUAUUAAACAAAAACCCACCCUAGAAAUGGAUCAGAUCACGUUGACAUACACUUUUGAUAAUAGCUGUUUUUAUGAUCAAGAAAAUAAGAUUCGUUUCGAACCACCGGUGUAUGAACAGCGAUACCUGACGGUUCUACGGUUGCUGGAACUCGAUAUUUGGAAGAGUUCGUUCAAAAAAAUUGUCGAGUUUGGCUGUGCUGAAAUGAAAUUUUUUACUCUCCUGAAAACGCUACCUGAUGUGGAAGAGAUUUUGCUGGUGGACAUUGACGAAGAAUUGCUCUGCAAAUGGCAGCACAGCGUCAGGCCUCUAUUUGUGGACUUUAUCCAACGGCGGCCGAACAAAUUCACCGUCGAAGUGUGGCGCGGAAGCAUAUCGGGGGCCCACGAGUGCCUCAAAGGGACGGACGUAGUUGUGGGAAUCGAAAUCAUCGAACAUCUGCACGCGGACGUGCUGGAAGGCGUUCCCCAGAACGUAUUCGGUUACAUCCGGCCCAAGGUGGCCAUGUUCAGUACACCCAAUUCGGAGUACAACAUCCACUUCGAUGGUCUGUUCGAGAAUGGCUUCCGGCACGAGGAUCACAAGUUCGAGUGGACACGGGCACAGUUUGCCGAAUGGUGCGAAGAUAUCCUCCGGCGGUUUCCCGACUAUGUCGUAAAGUACUUCGGAAUUGGGCCGCCUCCAAAGAACUCACCCGACGAUGUGGGAUACGUCAGUCAGCUUGCCGUGUUCGUGAGGAAAGACUUUCUAGACGAGCUGGAAGUUUUGAACAUCGGACAAGACAAUGAUGCGGGUGGUGCCACAGGAAGCGUUGCAAACCGAACGGAAGCGUCCGGAAGCGCAGAGUCGAAGAUCUACUUCGAUGAGGAAGUAGGUGAAAUUGUCAUGGCCAGAGACGAGGACGAAGAAGAGCAACCGGUGGCCCGGCAAUCGCCAGUUGGGGUCUUCCGGGAUGAUGUUGAGGAUCUGGAAUCACCGGAAGAGGACCUAGAAGGAAGCGACCACGAUGAACCCAAUGCGAGGAUGAUCGAUUUUUACAUUCCGGUAGAACGGGCGCGCAACGAUAGCGGGAAUUACGACGAUGAACCGUUGGAUCCCACCAGCGAUGAGUACAAGUUGCUGUACAGCGUAGAUUACCCGGUUCAGGAACCCGAUCGAAGACAAAGGUCGGAAAAACUCCUGGACGAUGCUGAAUACCAGAUUCGACGGUUGAAGUUUCACGAGGAGGAUUACUACAACUACGAGCAGAACCAGUACCGGAUUCCGCUUCAGCUGGUGGUGGAUUGCAUGGUGCGGUUGACUUCUACCGUGGAAGAGAUGAGGCCCAUCCUGGCGGAAGCGUCCUACCGGGUAUCGGAGGAUGGUAUGAUUGUCGUGACCGGCAACGAUGAGUCGUUCGGAAGUGAUGAUGAUUUCGAGUACGAUUUGAACGAGAAUGAUGACCACGUCGCGCAUGAAGCAGCCGAAGAUCGAUGGGCGAAUGAAGAAGAGCAACAGCCAGCACGCGCGAGUGACGAUUCUCAGCAGGGUACAUCGUUCCAAGAAGACCAAGAGCUGUGGGAUUGAGGUGUUGAUGUGUGUGCUCUGUGCUAUAUUUUAAUAAAAACCGAUUUGAACAUCCACCAGAAGGUAAAUCUU